GGUAUAUAAAUGCCCUCUCUUCUCUAGUUGAGGCCAUGUCUUCCUUCUUCCAUCUCCCAUCACACAUUGAAUUCUACCACGGCUUUGCAGACAUUUUUACAUCCAUCAACAUCAAUAUCAAUAUCAUCACAAGAGACACAAAAUAAACAAUGGAGCUCUGCAACUUCAUGCUGCUGGAUCUAACAACCGCCCUCACCAUCUUCCAACCCGUCGCCCUCAACAGCAUCUGUUCAUCUUGCACCUUCGCGGAACAAGUCGAGCUCAUCACCGGUACCCUCGCUGUAGCUGAGGACGAGCGUCCCAUUCCCCUAUCUUCAUGGAAUUUGUCUCCUGUAAUCGGUGCACAGCCCUGCGCAUCCAAUGCAACUGGCUGCUUCACCGACGGUGCAUCCUUAGCACCAGCUGACCCAGUUCUGGGUGAGUCCAUUUCGGAUCCUGCAUACGGCCGACGGGGUCAGUCAUGGCUCAACCAGGCUGGGCAAUUUAUCCAGCCGGUCGUGGAUGCGCUUGCUCCUGCUCUUUCUUUCUCACAUCUCCCUUAUCUGCUUCAAUUUGGCCUGCUUUGGAUUGCGGUCCUUGUAGGAUCGUGUGUGGCCUCCCUGCUAGUGUUGGCGAGCCACUGGGACAACUUAGGUCACGAUCCCUAUGUCGAAGAAAUCCAAGCAAAAAAGGUCCAAGCCAUUAGAAAUAUCACACUUGCCAUGGCUGAAUUUGACAGUCAAGUCGCAAACAUUUUGACACAGAUUGAGGAAGAUCAGGAGCGGCUGUGCACCAAGAUGCGGGAUACAAUGCUCUCCGAUAUGGACGCCUGUUUUGCGGCUUUGAAUACCCGAAUGCAGACCGAGUUGGACCGGCGCGUUGCUCAUAUGGUCGGCACUGUACCGUCGACCACGGUGGAGCCCGCCCCUCAAUCAGAUGCACAACUCACGAGCAUUGACACCACUUUCGCUACUAUUCAAGCGAAGAUCGACGAAAGCCAAGCAGCCGCAUCUCACCAGUCUUCCCACAACAGUGCGAGUAAGCGGCCAUCGAGCUCGGCCCAGAGCACGCAAGGCGAUAGCGCGCAAGAAGAUCCCAGCGAGGCAGACAUGGAGCAGCUCAGUCUCCAGCGCUGGCAAGCCGCUGCUGGGUACAAUCCGAUGCCGGAGGAGUUCGAGAAAGGCCGUCGGAUCCGCCGGCGGCGGAUUGACCAAGCCAGGCGGCGUUUAUUUUGAUUAUGCGGGAGGCUGGAUAAGGGAGUGAAGUGCAAGGGAGGCAAGUUCAGUCCAGGGUGAUCAUUAACGGGGCUAUGUCUGCUCAGGGUUUGAUUGGAUUCCGAUUUUGUUGUUGGUUGAGCUUGGGAGUUUUAUUGCCGUAUAUCUCGGCGAGGUGUUGUCGCGGGAUGGGUUUUGUAUGUGGCGGUAUGCCGCUGCUCCUGUUAUCGAGACCACCUCUUGGUAUGAAGGUUCUCUACUAGAAAGGUCUGUUGCGAGGUAUCGGGCCUGAUUGUGAUAGUAUCAUGCUAUCACAUCACGGACCAUCCAGCGC